AUCCUUAUUCCACUGCCAGCUGAGAGGCACCCCUAAUAAAUAGUUCCAUCCCCUUGACUUUAUCAGCAACAAUUUCAUGCCCUUCCCGUGCAUCUCUCUCCUUAUCAAUUUCUUCCACAACAAACGACCACAAUUAGUCUUUUCUUAUAUAUACGCGUUUUCUGUCUUCUAGGAGAAAAAGAAAAACUCAAAAGGCCAACCAUGGCAGCCUGUGGAAGCCUAGAACAUAUCUUUGAGAAGCCACUGCCAGAAAAUCCAACACUUCUUGAAUCUCUUACAUCAUGGAAACAAGUAAAGUCCAUGAAAAAGGUUGACGAUUCGUCGUUUACAGAAAUAUUUGGCGAAUUACAUUUUAAAGAAAAACAUGCUUCUGAAUCAUCUUCAUCCUCCCCUCUUCCUCAAUCCUCUCCAUCCUCAUCUUUGUCCUCAAAUUCAACGUUUUUUCCUGAUGUGAAUCAACAAUCUGAUAAUGAAAAACUCAACAGGGAGAAAAGGGAAAGCCCAAACAGCAAUAAUCAUGACAAAGCCAAGAGUCCAACAUCAAGUUAUUAUCCAACCUCCCGGCGUAGUGAUAGCUUUUCGUCUGUUAAUUCUGAUAGCUUAUCACUAUGCACCGAAGGGCUUGGAUUCGAAAGCUUUGAUGAUGUUGAGGAUCUGUUGAGGAAUGACAUUUGUAAUGAAUUUCAGCAUCAGGAGGAGAGUAAGAGUUUCACUAGAAAUACUCAAACAGGAAGUCAUUGGAGUGAAUAUUCAAAGAGAUCAAGAACAAGUAGAGGGUCGUUUCCUCCUCCCAUUUCUUGUAUAGGUAGGAGUGGGAAGCCAUGGGUGUGCUUUAAAUCAUACAGAGAAGACGGACGGUUUAUUCUUCAAGAGAUAAGAAUACCAACUCAGGAAUUCAUGCAUGCAUGUCGCGAAAAUGGACGUCUGAAGUUGCAAUUCAUUCAUUCUGAUGAAGAAAUUCUUGAAGAUGAUGAGGAAGAAGAUGAAGAUGAUGAUAACGCCGAGGAAAACAAUGGAGAAACCGAUAAAAAUGAUGAUGCUAAAUGCGAGGGCAUUCUGAAUGAAGAGGGAAGAGAAAAUGGAGAAGAGAAUGUUGCAAUCAACAACUACAACAUCUAAGAUAGCUCAUAACAUAGAGCUAGGAAAAUUCUCCAGUUUUAAUAUGCCUUUUUUGCAUUGCAAUGUGUAAGAUAAUUUUGCCUUUUUCUUCCUUUUUUUCCGUAAUGGUAUGCAAAUAAAGGUUGCAAAAGAUUAUUGAUUAUAAAUGUCCUUUGAAGAACAUGAACAGUUCUUUCCCCA